CAUCACCGAUCUAAUCAAACGUGUGUGUAUCUGAAGACAAAGUCUGACAUCAAUCUCGUCUCAUUUGUUUAAUAAUCUCAACUUUGAUGCUAACCACAAAAACACAACACAACUCGCUCCAUUUCAGUCGGCAAACUUUGAUGCUAACCACAGAAACACAACACAACUCGCUCCAUUUCAGUCGGCAACUCUGGAAAAAGUCAAAUCAUUCCGGAAAAAACAAUAAUUAAACUUUUUUUUUUCUCUAGACUUAGGACCUGAGAUAGAUCACGUUGCAUCUGAAAAUAUUUUCAUUCAUUAGAGAGAAAAAACAAGAAAGUGUUCGUUGAAUCUGUUGAAAGUGGUGACUUGAUUUGAUUUAUUCACAUAACCAAUUUAUCAUCUCUCCGAUCUUUCAAUGGAUUCUGACUUCUGGACCUCGCGUCUUGCUGCCGCUAAACGCCAAUACACGCUUCAGCAUCACCAUCCAAAUUCUCACUUAGAUCGGUUGGGAAUCGAUGAUUUUGAUGUGGAAGAAGAGGUGAGACCUGAUUUUCCUUGCCCGUAUUGUUAUGAAGACUUUGACAUCGCGUCUUUGUCUUCUCAUCUUGAAGAUGAACAUUCUUGUGAAUCAAGAGUCACGAUUUGUCCUAUAUGCUCCGUUAAAGUUGCACGGGACAUGUUAAAUCACAUAACGCUGCAACAUGGGCAUUUAUUUAAGUUACAGAGAAGGCGCAGGUUAAGAAGAGUCGCUAUUCCAAACAGUCAGACAUUGUCACUUUUGGGUCGAGAUCUUCGUGAGGCUCAUCUACAGGUGCUUCUUGGUGGUGGUGGUGGAUAUCGGUCAAACAGUGCAGCAGUGUCUAAUGCUGCUGCUACUGAUCCAUUCCUAUCCUCAUUUAUUUUGAAUUUCCCUGCUUGUGAAGCAGAAGAAAUUUCAAAAUCUGUGGUAACAAGUGCUGACGAUUCUUCUUCCAAAAAUGCAACACCUGUGCAUAUUUGGAAAUCAAGUUUUGAUCCCUCCUUGAGUACUGAAGAGCGCGAGAAAAGGAUGAGACAAGCUGCUGGGAGAUCUGGUUUUGUGCAGGACCUGUUUCUUUCAACUUUGUUAGGCGAAUAAUGGAAGCUGUAAGGUGCUUACAGAAGAAUAAUCAAAAUGAGAUCCAUGGUUAAGGAUCUUGAAUGAAGGAUUAUACCUCUAGUGGGAUUCAGUGGUUAUUUGACAAUCCAUGUUAUAGCCUAAUUUUGGUAUAUUGUCACAGCUGCACCUUUGACAUAUAGUGCUGAAUCUGAUCAUAGUUAUCCUUUUAUCCCACCCUUGUAAGUUGUAAGCAUCUUCACUGGAGAUGUACUACUCUCUGAAAAACAAGAAGUUUUCUAGCUUAAGAAAUGACCUAUUUUGCUAUAUUGGCGUAUGUUGAUUCCCUGGACUCAGAACACUAGGACCUUAUGCUCCCUUUCAAGUGGAAUCUGAUGAAGAAGUUGGGAAUUUCUCUUUUAGAUAGAUUGAAAAAAAAAACCAACUAAUGUAUCGAAAACUACUUUUCUAUGCACAAUAAAUAUGUAUUUAGAUUAUUUUAUUU